CGGGACCCCGGGGCGCGCAGGGCUGGGGCCGCCACUGGGGCUCCUGGAUCCUCCGUGCCGUGCCGCGCGGGACACCCAAGCCGCCUCGCUGCCAGUAGGCAGAGGGGAUGCCACCGGGGCGCCACGAGCUACCCUCCGCCACCUGCGGACACCAUCCGCAGCCCAGCAUGGGGAUGCGGUGCCUGCUGGUCUGCGGGGUGUCCAUCGCGCUUCCACUUUUUGUCGGAGCAGAUGUGUGCAAGGAGAUUGGUAUGCAGAACGAGACACCUUCUGUGGGCCAGCCUUUUGCUUUUAAUUGCACUUUCCCUCCCAUAACAUUUGGGAAAGUAAAUGUGCUGUGGUAUAAAAAUUCUAGGAAAAUCCCUGUGUCCCAAAAUGUACAUUCUCGAAUUCACCAGGACCACACCUGGAUUCUGUUUCUCCCCUUGGCAUGGGAGGACUCAGGCAUCUACAAAUGUGUCAUAGAGGAGACAGACCACUGUUACAGAAUACACAUAAACCUGACUGUUGCUAAAAGAUCUUGGUGUGACAAUUCCGGAACGAGUGUGUCUACUUUGUCAGACGAGUACAAACAAAUAUUACAUGUUGGACAGGAUGACAGUCUGAUGUGUCACUUGCACUUUCCGAAGAGCUGUGUUUUGGAUUCAAUAAAGUGGUAUAAGGACUGUAAAGAGAUUGAAAGCGAGCGGUUUAUUUCUUUGGGACUCAAGCUUUCUGUGAGCAAUGUGUCGGCAGGGGACAGGGGGAACUAUGCCUGCGUGGCCAGACUGACACACCUGGGGAAAGAGUACACAGUGUUAAACAGCAUCACUGUGAACGUCACAGAAAGAGUUGGAAAUGGAGGAAGAAUUCCUAAAAUCAUUUAUCCAAAAAACAAUUCAAUUGAAGUACAACUUGGCUCCACCCUUAUUGUGGACUGCAAUAUAACGGACACAAAGGAGAAUACAAAUCUGCGAUGCUGGAGGGUCAAUAACACAUUGGUGGACGAUUACUACAGUGAAUCCAAGCGGGUCAGAGAAGGAAUCGAAGUCCCUGUUUCUUUUCAGGAUCAUACGUUUUACACGGUGAACAUUACUUUUUUGGAAGUGAAAAUGGAAGACUACGGCCUUCCCUUUGUAUGUCAUGCUGGAGUAUCCGCAGCAUACAUUAUAUUAACACUGCCAGCUCCAGAUUUUCAGGCUUACUUGAUAGGGGGGCUUACAGCCUUGACAGUGGUGAUGUUGUCCCUCGUGGGUGUCUACAACGUUUUUAAGAUUGACAUUGUACUUUGGUACAGGAGUACCUUCCAUCCUAAUGGGACCACUGAAGAUGGGAAGUUGUAUGAUGCCUACAUCUUGUACCCCAAGCCACAGAGAGACAGCCAGAGCCAUGACGUGGACACCUUGGUGUGGAAGAUCCUGCCGGAAGUGCUGGAGAGACAGUGUGGAUAUAAGUUAUUUAUAUUUGGCAGAGAUGAAUUCCCUGGACAAGCCGUGGCCAGUGUCAUUGAUGAAAACAUCAAACUGUGCAGGAGGCUGAUGGUGAUUGUGGUCCCUGAGUCUCCGAGCUUUAGCAUGUUAAAGAACAUGUCGGAAGAGCAGAUCGCAGUCUACAAUGCCCUGAUCCAGGAUGGGAUGAAGGUCAUUCUCAUUGAGCUGGAGAAAAUCGAGGACUACGCUGCCAUGCCGGAGUCAAUUCAGUACAUCAAACAGAAGCAUGGGGCCAUCCAGUGGAGUGGGGGCUUCGCGGAGCAGUCACAGGCAGCCACGGCCAAGUUUUGGAAGAAAGUGAGGUAUCAUAUGCCAUCCAAAAGGUACCCCCAUCUCCCCCUGUCCAGCCGCUGAAGUACACACCUUGCGACUGUGCACCAGGCAGGUGGGAGACCAGCAUGGGGCUCAUCACCCACUGAUGGAGAGCUUGUCAUCCAGGGACAGCUCCUAGCUGGGUCAGGAUGCAUUUCAUUAGCGCUGGCUGACUUUGAACCUUGCAGUUGGUUCUGCACCUGGAUGAUGGCUUGUCUUUCCCGUUUGUUUUGAUCGGAGCUGCCUCUUUAGAGAGAGAUUUCGCCACUUCACAACUCCCAGACGCUCGUGAACACUCUCUGAGCACAGGGUGUGGAUGGCAUUGUGGCUCCUGGGGUGCAGAGUAGGGUAGAGCUAGCAUUCAGACAGCAAGAAGUUUAGCUUUUAAUAUGGCACCUGCAGGGACUUAGAUGAGAGCCUGGGCAGCCUGGGGGUGACAGGAAGGCAGAAAGAGACUUUGUCCAGGCUUGCCCGGUGUCUGUUAGGGCUCCAGUCACACUGGGGAAUAUGAAUCCCACUCACUCAUCCAGUGCAGGUAGGCUGUAACCACUGUGGUGUCUUGGCCUUGGUCAUGGCUGUAGUUUGGCUAUGAGUUUGGAUGUUCUGUGAAGGUCUUUAUAUUAGGCUUGCUCUGCAGAGUCUUAGGUUAAUGGUACUAAGAGGGUAGAGACCCAAGCCAGUCAUGAGGUUGAAAGGUGGCCUUUGGGGAGUGAUUAGGUUGCAUAAGAUUGUUAGGGUAUAAAUCAGGAGGUUGCUAAGGAGAGAUCCAUGUUCACCCCAGAGGCAGAACCAGUAAGCUAAACUAAACCUUCUUUCUUAACUAACUGUCUUAGCUGUUUCAUUGUCAUGAGAAAGAGCUGAUACAGUCGCCCUCCCAAUGGACCCCAGACUUUGAAAGACUGUAUCUGUCCAACCUAAAUAAGUACACAUUUUUCUCCUCUAGCUUUUAGACAGCUAAACGCAGUCUGAGCAGCAGGUGAAAGUUGUGAGUUCUCACCGGGCGGAUGUGACUCUGCUCCAAGGAAAGCAGUGCACACUUUCCACUGGCCUCCAAGCCCCUCCCCCCCGCCUCACUUAUUUUUUUCUAGGAAUUCUUUAUUUAAGGAAUACAAACUUAAUGCAUUUCAUAAAUACAACUUUAGGAGCACAGUGAUUCUUCUCACCAUACCCUGUCCCACUUGCACUCCCACACUUGUUCCUCCUCCAUUUCCUAUUUCCAUUCCUAUUUUUUACUAAGUUCUAUUUUCACUUAACUUUAUAUACAUAAGAUUAACUCUAUACUAAGCAAAGAGUUUAACACAUAGUAUGAAAAAAACUGUUCCUUAACAGUAGAGACAAGGGCUGUUCAAAGUCAUUGCAUCUCAAAGUGUGACUUUCACUUCUAUAGAUUGCCUUUUAAGUGCCCUAUUAGUUAUCACAGAUCAGGAGAACAUAUGGUAUUUGUCCUUUUGGGACUGGCUUAUUUCACUAAGUAUCAUGUUUUCCAGUUUCAUCCAUUUUGUUGCAAACAGCAGAAUUCCAUUUUUUUUUUUACCACUGUCUAGUAUUUCAUAGUGUACAUAUCCCAUAAUUUCUUUAUCCAGACUUCAGUUGAUGGGCAUUUGGGUUGAUUCCAUGUCUUAGCUAUUGUGAAUUGAGCUGCAAUAAACAUGGGGUGCAGAUAA